AUAUUAAUGAUAAGGUUUUCUUGAAAACCAUCACACGUCUCAAAUCGGUAACCUAACAACUUGCUAUGAUUGAGGAGUUGAAGUAAACAUCCGCGGCGGCAGCCGGGAAUCAAGAAACUUCGUGCUCCCAAAGAGCCCUACUCAGAGGUAGCUCCGCCCGCCCUUGCCACAAGCUCCCACCUGAUUGGCCAUAACAACGUUUACAGCACACGUGCCUUCUCUCCUUUGAAGUUUAAGCCCUUGUCUUUCUAGUGAAAUUGCCAGCGCAACCAGUUCCGGUCUUUUCUAACCCCAAUUUCUUAUUCAAUUAUUAUUAUCAAUCCUAUUAUCUUCCACAAAUCCUACACGUGUCGCGACGUGUACCUGGUGAACCCGCCCCUGGUUAAGGUUCGUGAACCAGGGUUAGCACACUGGUUUCUACAAUGCCCUUGUUUAUUUAUGACUUUAUCAAACCUUACAGAACCCAGCCCAACUUGUCUUAACGUCGCUCAGAGGACAACCUCUGUUAUGUUUAUGCGGGAAACAUAUAGUUGCUGCUUUCUUUCUUUGUUUUUGUCUUCCUUGGCUGGAAAUUGAUUUUUUGCUCUCUACGGCAUAAUCCAAAUUCUUUCAAGAAACUGAUUUAUUAGAGUUAUAUUUGAUAGAUAUAUCAAUAUUUAUUUGUUUCUGUGGGGUACGUGUUGUCGGACAAAACAAAGAUGGGGCUGUCCAAUUUCCCUAGUGCAACUGAGGGGGUACUUCCAGUGCUAGUAAUGAACACAGUUCUGUCGGUGGCUUUGUUGAAAAACAUUGUGAGAUCUUUACUUCAAGUGGUGGGCGCUUCUGCUACUUCAAAUUUAGAUAUUGAGGACUCAAACGAGGACCCAGAAGAGAUGAGCAAAGCAAGGGAGAGACGGAUAUCUAUAACCCAGUUCAAGUCUUUGUGCCACAACAGGCACUCAUCAGCAUCAGCAUCAUAUGAAGAUUCAGCUCCUGCAGAUGGCGGUUAUGGCAGUAGCAGCAGCAGUCGGGGUGAUGGAUGGGUUAACAGCGUAGAGUGUUGUGUGUGCUUAUGUGGGUUUGAAGCGGAUGAGGAGGUGAGUGAGUUGUCUUGCAAACAUUUCUUUCACAAAGGAUGUCUAGAGAAAUGGUUUGGUAACAAGCAUAUUACAUGCCCGCUCUGUCGAUCUAUUCACUAGAAUGUAUGGAUGGAGCUUAAUUUACUAGUUAUUUAGAUAAGAAGAAUACUUGUUUUAUUGGUUUAUUUUAUUUUUCUCGAUAUCCCAUUUACUUUUUUUCUCCCUUCUUGCUUCAUUUUUGAGUUAAAAGAAAAAAAAAUAGCUAGGCUAAGGUUGUAUCGUGUAACAGUCUUUUCCUUUUGCUCUAUUCCAUGAGUGUUACAUGUACCACAAACAGUGGAGAAUAACAAAGAACGAAGGGAUUGAAGA